UCACAACCACCUGCUCAACGGGGUAGCAUCGUCUCUCGUCAUCCGUUAUAGUGAUCGUCUCUGUUCUCGGCGGCCGCAACCAACGGUAGCAACCUCAUCAAGCAGCCUCGUUUCUUUGAGCCUAUAACCAACCCUCGUGGCAUAGAAGCGCGCCGUUGACGAUCGCGACAGGAUGAGGACCAGCGCGACUUCCGGUCCCCUUUUCUCGCUCUAUCUCUCGAUUGUCGUCCUACUCGUCGUCUUAGUUUCCGUCAGCGACAAGGCGCACGCUAGACCGCAAGAAAGGAGUAGUAUAAACCGCAGGAGAAAUCUCAACAAUAACGACGGCUUCGUCCGCAAAGCGAGUCUUUGCUUCAUGGUCGGGCAUACCUGUUACGGUGGUCAUGGUAAAAGAUUCGACGCGGCUAUGCAACGCAACACUUUGCAAGAGAGUAUCAACCAGAAUUUUCAAGGAUCUGAAGUACCAUCGGCGAACGACGAAUUAUUCUAUGCUCUUCCGAACGACGGAUUUCGGGAACGAUCUCAACGGUCUUUCAGGAGGACUCGCAAAGACGCUCAGCAAUUCGACGUUAAUCCACUAUCGUCUUUAGUGGACCAAUGGAUAGCGUCGCAUCGUCGCCCGCGUCGCACAGAAACGGACAUCACCAAUAAAUAAGGGAAGAUGAAUUACCCGCGUAUAUGUCAAGAAACUAAGCAGUUUCAUAAAUAUAUUCACGCGUAUCAAGCCCAAAAGAAAAUUAUUUAUAUUAUUAAAAUUUUAAUUAGCUCGAUAUCACUGUUACGUUACAUAUAUAUCUUCGAAAGAAAUUGUUUACAUUGUUAAGAUUUCAAUUAGAUCGAUACGACCGUUUAGUUAAACAUGUCGUAUCCGAAAGAAAUUAUUUAUAUUAAGAUUUAAAUUAGCUUGAUACGACUGUUUAAUUACGCAUUUCGUAUUUGAAGGAAAAGAUUUUAAUUAGCUCGAUAUGAUAAUGGUUAUAGCUACGCAUCCGAAUGAAAUUAUUUAUAUUAUUUAGAUAAUUAUUUAUAUUAACUUAUAAUUUUUUAAAAAUAAUCUUGAUACGAGACCCACUUACUUGUAAAACUACGCAUACGUCUCAUAACUUCGCUGUCAAUUAUUUUUCCGUCAAUAAUGUGACAAUCAUGUUUUUCGCGUUACUAUAUAAAGACUUAUAUAAUUCAUUAUAGAAACAUAUAUUAUAGCAACACUAAAAACAUAGUUUUAAAAUUGUUGUCGAUAUAUCUGUUGCUAUAUCAUUUAUUUAUGUAUUUGAGUUAUUGGAGUACGUUUUAAAUAUUCGUGAACUGCACACUGAAGCUUUUACGCAUUAGAUCAUUUUCGUUCUGCAGACUACGUUUUGAUGAACGUAGAUAAACAUGCAGUUUCGCCUCGAGAUUACAUCUUAAUUCUGUAUCUCGCGACGACGUUAUUUUCGGUAGAUAAGCACGAAUGCUGCGUGAAUUUUGUCGGUAACGCUCGUCGUCGUGUCGAACGUGGUGAACUAAGAGCGAAACUUCACUCCUCGUUUUAUUGUCUGUGCUCUCAAAAAAUCAAUGAUCACCUUGUAAUCGGGACAGUUAAAUAGUGAAAAUGUGUCGAAUGUAUACACUAUGAAAUAUCUGUCGCACCUGUUUUGAUAGCGUUACAAUUUAUUUUUGUGAAAUAAAUGUCCGCAAGUUGAAACUAAUCAUGCUAUUCGACUAUUAAUAAUUAUUAAUGUUAUUCAAUUAUUUUUACAUCCCUAGUAAUAAAUCGCAACCGGAAACUAUACAAUACUAUCAGUAUCGAUACAUAUAUUCGGCGAGUAUUUCAUCUUAUUUAUCUUACUUGUGCGUAAUGCGAUUAUAGUUUUAAUUUAUUUUAUAUUUUCCUAGUAACUUAAUGCUGAGUUAAUUUUGAGGUAUUGAUUAUUUAAAUUGCAAGUCAAUGAAUUUGUUUGUUAUGUCGAUUUAUUAUGUAAAGAAUCAAAUAGAUAAAUGUUGGCAGAUGCCGAAAGAAAUUCAAGACUGAAUAAAAUGUUUGAGACUGUGA